UACACAACACAACCGAGGCACACUUUAUUGUUAUGGAUAGAGUGAGAGCACGAUUCUUUGGAAUGUCAGUCAAAAAGAAAUUCCAAGCAAUGAUAGAAUUAAUGGACCACCGCCUAAUCAUCACCUACAAAUUGAGGGAGUGACGUUGAAGUUCGACAUUAAGCUCACAUACUACAACAUCGCUAAUCCAACAAGUUUAUAAUAUUGUGUCAUUAAGUUUAUAAUGAGUUGAUAUACCCUUGCAUAAGUCAUAUCUUUUAAAUUUCGACAAGAAUGUGCAUAGAAGGCACUGAUGACAACAUUAAGUUUAUGAUGGGUGCUAAUUUUCUAUUUUCCGAGCAAUUUAAAUUUCAAGUUUUAUUAAUCACUCUUAUCAUAUUGUAACCGGCCAACGGGCCGGGGUACUAUCUAGUAGUAUUUAUGAAAAUUAUAGGGCCUAAGAUUGGACUGUAAUGUCUUCGGUCUAAUAUGAUUUUAUCCAAACAUUGAUUAAUUAAAUAUGAUUCGUUAUGUACCAAACCAUUUCAAACCACUAUAUAGUUGUCUAGGAUAUGAAUCUAUCUGAUUCAGAAGGGGAGAACUUGCAUCAGUAUCUCAAUUUCAAUUCAAAUAUGGGUUUGAUUCACGAUUUAGAGAGCAAAAUGUCAAAAUAAGUUAAAGUGAAUAUGACAAUUAAAUUUUGAUAUUUUAAGGUAGUAUUAAUAAAGUAUGUCACUCACAAUUAGAAAUGGUAAAUGAUGUUGUUUGGUUAAUAACGAAUUGUAUAUACAGUCUACGGUCUAGAUCGAGGGACUGGAGCACAUACCAAAGAUCAUACCAAAUAUUAUAUAGUUUAGAUCAUGGUUGUGCCGGCUGUGCGGUCUGGUCCAGGACAAUAUGGAGCAAACAUACCACAUUGAGCAAAAAAUAAAGAAUUUAUUUGGUCCAUCACACAAAAAUUUUGCACCAAUAAUCAAGAGAGAGAAAAACUAAUUUUGUCUUAAAACCUAAAUUCCAACACUCGCGCAUAAUUUUGAUACCCUAAAUGCAAGUAAAUAACAAAUACACAAAGUCAUCAUAGCAACUCAACCUCCAAAACGUUAUAGAUAUUAAUAUAAUGUCAUAUGGAGAUGCAAUCGUGUCUACUCACCAGUGAGGUGGUGGUCUGCGCUGAAUGAGGAGUCGAGAUUCACAAAAUAGGUUUGGUAACUAUCUAAUUAAUCUAAGAUCAUGAAUGAAUUGAGAUACCUAAUUACCAGUUUAGAAAUCUAGAUUAGAUGCAUCUUAAAUCGUGAGAAUAAAACGGGUGUUUCUCGGCAACCUUUUCCUAUAUUAGUUUGCUACUUGUUUCCGCCCCAUAAUCCAUGUUUGGGUUUACACGGCAACAUUUCUUCAUCUUGAAAGUUGAAACACAUGAUCUUCCACCAAUUCCAUUUCCCACCAACUAGGCGCACUCAAUGCCAAUGGUAGGGUGGACCAAUAGGAGGAGCAAUUUGGAUAAGAUCUCAGUCCGAGAAAGAAAUAUGGAAUGCUGCAGCAGCAGGCCAAAUCGGAGCGACGCCCAUCUGUCGGCGGAGCAGGAGGCAGAGAUUGAGCAACAGACCAGAGGGUACUUCGAUGGAGUAGCUCCCAAGCGCCACACCAAGCCCCAGCGGAGCGACCCUUCUUCUGCUCAAUACGUCGAUUCUGCUGCAGUCGACGGCGACGGCGCCCCCUCUAUCCCGGAGUACGUCGAGUUCCAACGCCUCGAGGAUGUCGACACUCAGAAACUGGGUGGCAGUGGAAGAAGCGAGGAGGGCAUGGGGGAGGAGUUUGUGGAAACAGACUACUAUCAGGAUCUCAACUGCGUCGACAAGCAGCAUCACACGACAGGAACAGGGUUCAUCAAGAUGGAAGGCAAAGUCAACAACUUCAGCUUGGCACCUGAUGGUGAUGAUCAGCACCAUGCCAGUAGCCACAGGGGCAACCCAGCCACCAAUGAGUGGAUCCCUGACACUGCCCAUGCUCCUGUUAUUUUUGAUUCAGAUAAACCCAGAAGAAGCGACAAUUGAUACCAAGUCCGCCGCUGUUGAUGCUCCACGUCUCAUUUGCGGCUCUGUUUCAGUGCACGACUCUUGAUCUUGGAUGUGUGUUAGUAGUUUUCAUGGGUGAUUCCUUUCCUUUUAUGAUUGUAAUAAAGCAGGCAGCUCCUACCAUAUUUGUGGGAAGGAUCGUGUCGAGUAGUACUACUGUUAAUCCCGUGUCUUCUUUGAGGUUGGAUGCUAUCUAUUUACAUUUCGGAGGUAUCAAUGGUGGCACAACCAAUUCAAUCAAUUUGCACAAGUGUG